AUGGCUGUCCUUGCCCCCUCGUACCAAAUGCCUCUCUUCCACCGCGACCAUAGCAUCCCCAUUGACUUUAGCGUCUCAUCUGGUCCAGAUGCAUCAUGGAUCCUGUCGCAUCUCACGGGUUCAAUUGAGGACGGUCUAAUAGUGCCACAUUACCUAUUAGAGUGCCAUUCUCGAAGCAGACAUGGCUUUGGCAACAGUGGAGCAGCUGUACACUCCCCGGCCAUGUGUAAAAUAUACACCAAGUAUGACUUGAUACGAGGCCGAAAGCUUCAGACAGUCUACCGAGGGUGCUUGGACUUGGUGCAGACCCGUCCAGACAAGUCGUCCGGAGCCGUCCAUUGGUCCCCGGUGGCUAGCCCUCUGGAAAAUGAUGGUGAGCACAACUCUUCCGUAACACCGGCUUGGAUCUCGGAGGAAGAUCUGGUCAUCGCUCUCCAAGGUCAGGGUCUCCGGAGAUCUGAUCAGCUUGGUGCUGCUCCCUUGGCCCUUUCAGCAGCCACGUAUUGGGCUCUCAUCAAAGUGCUGUCAGAGUGGAAAUCGGGUGUCCACCGUUGCAUGCUUCCCAAAGAAAUUGCAGCCGAUAUGCAGUCGCUUAUCGGCUGUGACUUCUCUGGGAAGCAUGUCACGACGGCCCUGAAGACCUCGGGCGCUACAACACCCAUCACAUAUAACGCCUCUGAGGGAAUUGGAACAAGGCUCGCUGCCCCCCUAUGGCGAGACUAUGCUCGUGUACUCUACCACCGCUUCUGUACCCUCCCGUCCCAUGCAACAUUUCUCUGGCAAGCUGCAGUUGACAGCACUAGAUAUGCCUACUUGUCGCAUUCACGCUCUGAUCUGGAGUCAUCGGGGUGCAAGAGUGUCGAGAUCAAGUUAUGUGGCGGUGCGAUAACGUCUGAAGCGCGUGGCUGUGUUGCCCGAAAUGACGAGAGAUGGAGGAGAGGGGAUAUCUUGGACGGUACGGCGCGUUUGAUUUCGAUAUUCCAUUUGCCGCUCAUGGACGAACAAGUAGACACUCGACGGGAAGCCAUAGUCCUCGGAGAGCGGCUGGAAAAAGAGAAUGAAGGGGAAGAGCUGCGCACAAUCACACGGGCAUGGCUGAGAUCCGCAAUUGCGUUCCAUCAUAUAUACGCGUUCCGGCCUUAUACGCGACACCUCCAUCUCGACAACUUCCCAGCGCCCGCGCCUCUCGCCAUAUUUUGCCUUCUCCCACGUACGACAGGGCACCUGGAGCGGCGCGUCCGCGGUGUAGGAAGGCAGCGUAGAUGGGAUGGCAAUACAUGCGAGGUCGAAUCGGUCGACGUUAGGUGGUCGACGGAGGGCGCGUAUCGAAAAG